AUGAAGUGCCCCCGGACAAGUACUCUGACAAAGGGAGGAGAAACUAGCUGGUGGUUGCUGGCUAGAAUGGAAGUAUACUUGGUCACAGGUCCGGGAUGGCAGAACAGUGAGCUGCUGUUGAAUUUCACGGACGGUGAAUAUUUCGCGCAACUGACACUGCAGUUCGGCAACUUCUUCGCUACACUGGGUCAACGACGGGACCCCUGGACUCAGCGGCUGGGUGAGGAGAAGGGCGUUGGGAGCAUAUUCGAUAACGCUGCGAUGUUGGAAAACGGCAAAGGUCAUGUUGUUUCGUUAAGGGGCAGUGCAGUAGUUGUGCGCGAGUUGAACCUUUAUAACAUUCUGCAUCAUAGCAUAAAGACGAUGGACGCCUACAGGUGGCUGGACUGGUUCUGCCAGAAACCCUCCACGAGUUGGCUCGGUAAAGUUCGUGACUUAUUCUCCCUAAACAGCUCCCACGAACAACUGCUCAUCCCCAUUCCCGCAUCAGUUGCGGUCACCCCAUGGAGCUACGAUGACACCACGUGGCACGACUUUGUCGCCGAUACGUGCAAUUGGAUGGUGUAUGCAGGCAAUGAGUACUGCUACAAAUCCAUGAGCUUUCGUCUUGGCAAAACUGAAUGCAAGAAGCUUCAAUUCAGCAAAGAAGCAGCUAAGCGAGCACCCAGACUACUUGUUAGGGCCCCGGUGUAUCAACCAGUCCGCCGAAUCCAUCCUCACCCUGGCAAACAUCAGAGGAUAUGCAAGAUUGCCGCUCAUCCGGCAUACUAG